AUAAAAUAAAAAUUAAUGUCGUAUUUUGUUCUUUUAGGGGAUGCCGAUCCAAAUGUAAGAGACAAAACCGGUCAAACAGCUCUACACAUCGCUUUGCGAGAAGGAAGUCACGUGACAGUUGAUUUAUUGUUAAAGCACGGAUGUGACGUCACUGUUAUUGACACUCUAGGACAGAGUGCGCUCUACGUUGCAAUCCACAGUCCCUGCAACAAAACUCUGGACCUUGCAAAGAAACUGAUUUCAUCAGGUUAUGACAUUUCCUUGGACAAACUAUGGCUUCUCAACGAUGAAAAACACAAUCUUUUUUACCAGGAUGACGACUUUUAUGCUACCCUUAGACACAGUACCCGACAGAAUUCAACAAAUUCUUCAAGCGAUAUCAACGAAAGUAGGAAAAUAUCGACAGAAUCAAACAAAUCAGACAUAUCUAAUCCUGUAUCACCGGACUAUUCAAAAUCACCAGUGUUAUCACCAAAGCAUUUGUCCUCGACAGCUUCCGCCUUUCCUAUCUCACCUUCGCUUAAGCAAAAAAUAAUGUCAUCUCAAACUCCAAAAUAUCCAUCGGUUUUAUUUAGCCAAACGCCACCAAACGAGACGAACUUUACAUGGUCAAAAUCUUCGUCGGCCAAAAGAAACGAGUUCUUAAAGUCAAAGAGCUUUGAGCAGGUUAAACCAAGAACGCCAUUAAGGCCACCUCUGACGUCAUCAUUUUCGUCAGACUCGGAUGAGUCUCCUAUUGGCUCACCAGCUCUCCGCCACCGGGCUUUGUCUUUAAACACAAAGAUUAGCGUUAGAGGUAUCAAUGCAAACAUGACGUCACUAACAGUAUCAGCUACAAAAAAUGUACCAGAAAUUACAAAGCAAGAUGGGCGUUCUGUUACAGGCUCAUUUCUGGACAUAAAACCUAUUUACUUGAGAAAUGAGGAUGAAAUACCAAGGAGCGCACCAAAUAGUCCGAUGAUACGUUGCAGACGACAAUUAAGCGAGCGGUAUCCAAGGUCUGGGUCUCAUGAAAAUGUGAAUGGGAGAAAAAUCUCGUUACCGUCAAAAACAGCCGUGAAAUUUAGCACUGAAAUACAAGUUAUUGAGUACAACAGAAGACAAUGAAAAUUCAAAUAAAUACAAAAAGAAAAAAACUCAAGAUCGAAUGUAAAGAUUCUUUACUAACCUAUUGUUCUGAUGAUGCAGUUACUUUGGUGGAUAAAGUGUAUGCUAGGAUAUUCAAUAUUGUCACCGAAGAGGGCGUUAUUGAGAAACAGUCUAAAUGAACUAUCCGCAUGACUUGAUUUAUAUACAGUUUUCAUUAAAAGUGAUUAAAUAAAUUUGAUUUUAAUGAGAAAUGAUCUUUUGUGAGUGUAUGGUACACAAAUUAUGGUUAUACUACGCAAUAUGUAUGAAAACAACCCGCAGAUACUGUAUGGUGAAAAUCAACCACUUAUUUGUAGAAAGAGGAACCGUUUAAAUGUUGGUAUUUGAUAUAUAUCAUUUGGAAUUAGUUUGUGAAUAUUGUAAUGGAUUUGCCAAACUAUGUGUAAUACUCUUUAUGUUAAGGCCUAAGUACAUGUGUACUAAAUUUGUAUUUUAUUAUACAUUUGCUUUCCUACAAUUUCCCGUUGUUUAUAUUUACAUUUCAUUAAUUCAUUCCUUUAGUUAUUAAGGGGAAUAUAUUUCUUUGCAUUCAUUGAUUGUUGUAGAUA